ACAGAACCGGAUAUGAACAAAGCUUGAUAUUUUGCUCUCUUGGGUAUCAAAGACUCGACCUUUCUACGCAGGGUUCAUCUUCUUCUCGCCCGGCAGAAUGGGCCGUUACUGCAGUGAAGCUCUUCGACAUCGCUUAAUCCCCCGUCCCAUUCUUCACCACAAUUCCAAAGAACACAACAUUAAAUGGUAAAACCGGGAGACGAUGGCUGAUUACUCGAACGAAGUGAUGGGAUUGGCAAGGAAGCUGCUUGAAUUGGUUUCUGAAGCAUUGGGACUGAACCCUGAUUACCUCUACAAUAUAGGUUGCUCGGAAGGAUUGUUGUUUCUGGGUCAUUACUAUCCGGCUUGUCCUGAACCGGAUUUGACGAUAGGAGCUAGCAGUCAUUCUGACAGCAGCUCUCUUACUGUGCUUCUGCAAGACCAAAUUGGGGGUCUUCAGGUCCUUUGUGAUGAUCAGUGGGUUGAUGUGAAGCCCACAGCAAACGCUCUUGUUAUAAAUCUGGGAGACUUGUUGCAGUUGAUCUCUAAUGAGGAAUUCAAAAGCUCUCAACACAGAGUAGUUGCUAAAUCAAUAGGACCCAGGGUUUCAGUGGCAUGUUUCUUGAGACCGCAACAACAGUUUCUUGACAACUCCUCCCGAGUUUAUGGCCCGCUUAAGGAGCUGAUAUCGGACCGAAAUCCGCAGGUUUUCAGGGAAACUACCCUGAAGGAAUACCUUGAUCAUUCCUAUGGAAAAGGGCUUGAUGGGAUCUCUGCCCUGGAGCAUUUCAGAAUCUGAGUUCCAGGAAGAUGUCCGAUGCAGUUACAUGAUGAGCAUCCAAUGAACAAUCAUGUGAAUGUUAUAGAAGAAUACAUUUGUCUUCCCACAACUGGAUGUUUGGGUAUAAAAUAUAAAUAAAGCCUGCUCUGUUUUUAAAUUGUUAAGGUUUACGCUCUCUAUGGUUGAUUGU